AUGCGACCUUGCCGCCAAUCGGCCACGAAGAUGAUCCUGGGCUUUCUGCUGCACUUGUGCCACUUGGUAUCGAGUCAGUACAAUCAGUACACUGCUUUAGUUGACAAGAUUGAAGGCACUUUAGAUCGAGCAGUGAAGCUACAUCGGGCCGGUCAAACUCAAGAAGCUCUUCGCACCUUGGACGAAAUCCGUCAAGUCUUCCGAGUGGCUGUUCAACUUGAACCUUCUGAACCAGACGCCUAUGUGGCUUUCGCACAAGCCAUGUUGACCUCAAAUCAGUUGAAUGAAUCGAUCGAGGCCUGGGAAUCAGCCUUGGAAAGGAUUAAUGCUGAGAAGGAACCUGCCAUGGCACAAUGGGCCCUUGGGCGCUUGCGAUACGCUCGCUAUGGUCUCGUGUCCAUGAAAAGGGAUGCUCUAUAUGCCCAUGGCCAGGGGGAUUUGCUUGAGUCCUUGAAGCUGGUGGAAGAGCAACUGAAGAUAUAUCCUGGCUUCCCCAGCCGCUAUCACGAUUUGGCCACCAUCCAAGUUAUGCUUUUCCACUUUCUUGAGGACAGCACCAACAUGACGGUGGCAAGCUUCCAAAAAUCACAAGACAGUGCCUUCCAUGCGUGGAAAGCAGGUCUUAAAGAGCGGGGAAGGUCGAAAUCGGACUGUGAUGGCCGCAUGUUCUAUUCAUGGAAGGAAGCUCUUGGUUUCAGCCGCUCCCUGAUUUCACUAAAACCGGUGACAUUUGGAGAUGAGUCUUGUGGCCAGAACUAUUGCGAUCAUGGAGCGUAUGUGGCGACCUUUAGAGACGUAGGUCUUUCUGGAGAUGAUGGGAUCAUUGUGGAUGAGAAGGAAUGUCAACUUUUCAUGGCUUCUGCUGGCUUGGCUGUUGACCUGGCAAAGAAUUUGCAGCUUUUGGAAAUCUGGGGAGACCCGCCUGCCCCUCAUGGAGGGCCGCGCUUUAGAUGGUUUGACGUGUCACAAGGUCGUGCCCCCAAUCAUGGAGCUUGGGAAACGCCGAUGCUCGUGAAGAAGGCUGCAAGUCUUGUUCAGUUUGCAGGCACCUCCUACUUCCACAUUAUCACUGAGGUCUUUGGCCGACUUUGGCUAUUGAAGGAGGCAGGCAUUCUUGAUGACCCCGAGACGCGUCUCAUCUUGCCAAAGCCCUUUGGCUUCCUUGCUGCAGGUUUCAAGAUUUUGACACAAGGUAUGGGGGUCUCUGCCAAUCGCCUGAUUCACUGGACCAGUGGCCCGAACGACGUGCUUCUGAGAGCCGAAACUCUAUACUAUGCAAACUGGGAACUUCCGGUUGAGUUUGGAAAAGACGGAGGACACUGCCCAACACCUCCAUCUGUACUUCUUCAUGUCCGUGAUGCCUUGGGUGCUGGUUUUGCAUCCGCCCCAUCUGCCACUGAACACCUGCGACCUGCAUUGGUAUACAUCAAGCGAAAGCAGGGAGAAAUGCGUAGCGUCCUGCAUGGUGAGGCAGAUUUUGUUCAAGAGCUCAAGACGUGGGCUCCCUCUGUUGCUUUGGAGUACAUCACCUUCAAUGGCCAGUUAAAGCCCAAAGCCACUGCCCGGCUCUUUGGAAGGGCACGCAUAAUCGUUGGAUUCCAUGGUGGCGCCUUGGUGAACAUGUUGUUUUCGCCCACAACUUGUCAUGUUUUUGAACUGGGCUUUGCAUCACCCUUUGCUGGGCACUACCGCUUCUUAGCUUUGGUUUUGGGUUUGCCUUGGGCUCGGCUCCCUUUGCGCCCGGACGAGCGGGGCCUCGCGGGGGUGGAGGCGUCGCUGGAGGAUCCGCAAGGAGCACUUCGAGAGAUUAAGGAGGCCAUGAGCCCCAUGAGCACUUCGGAGGCGUCGCUGGAGGCCGCAGUCUGGAAGUCACCGAAAGCUGAGCAUCAGGAGUUGUAA